CUAACACAAUUGUACCGCUAGAGGACACCCAAUAUUCCAGCGGACCUAAGAUAAGCCGCUCAACAUAUACCCCCGUCGCCGGUACCUCCUGCCGUAUGUUAUUAUCUGACUAUAGCUCCUUCACCAACAGUAUUCAACAUAGUCAUAGUCAACGUUAUAAAGUUGCAUCUCUUUACAACUGAUAGACGUUGAGAUCUAGCGUUACUACCAGCAUAUCCCUAUUUUUCGCCAUAUGUCAAUCGCCAACUCCGUAAUUUACUGUCCCGUAAAUCCCAACUAGCCGUAUUGUCCGAUAUAGCCAACGCUCCUAUUAGUACACAACCACACCUGGUAUCUAUACAGGAUGCCGAAACGUCGCAAGGGUCGUGCUGCGCCUGUUAAAGGCGGAUGGGAUGUCUUGCCACAUGGUAUGGGCGUUUCCCUAACAGCUGAAAGUCAAGAAGUAAAGUCUCGUAUUCCAACGCCACCUAUUACCCAGUCACCAUCUUCGGCAGAGUCCCAUUCAGUCGGCGAGCUAUUAUCUUUUGUAGAUUCAACAUCUGCGACCGCAGCCGCUACUCCGGAAAAGGCCGCAUCUGAAGUAACAGAAAAAACCCCCUUGGCAACACGCUCUACUCAGCUUUAUAUUGCUGAAGAUGACACCGCACCCCAGAGUACUAGACGUAAGAUUAUCAUCAAAAUAAAGGUCCCGAAACAGGUUGGUAUAGGAGAAGUCCUAGAGUCUAAUAGAGAUCUUCCCCCUGAGCCAAAGACAGGGGAGGAAAAGUGUGAGGCUGAGAAUAUUGAGACGGCCAUCAAACAAGAUACCGAUCGACAGUUACGGCCGAGGAAGCUAAAGUCAGAGCCCGAAGUGUCUAAAAUCGAAGCUGAUAGUCUUGAUUCUGCUGUGGUAGAACAGAUCCCUGGCGAGCAAAGUGAUAAGGGAGCACCGAAGAAACGAAAGCGAGGAUUGAAGCUCAGCCCAACAGCAGCCGAUGAAGGAUUAGAUCCCGGUACCCCCUUUCCUAAGCCAAAGAAGGUGAAAAGCCAGGUCACAAAAACAGGCGAGGGUCAUUUAAAAAGUAUAGCGAAGAAAACGAAGGACAACCAGUAUGGUCUGAUGCCACCAGGCGAGAGUCCCUUUCCCCAGUGGUUAGCACCAAGCGUCGAACAGUGUGAAGAAGUUCACAGUUUUCUCACAGAAAUGCAUGGUGAAGUCAAGCCACCCAAAGCUAUCUCUGCCCCCUCGCUUGAAGUAAUGGGGUGUGGUGAGGUCCCUUCUGUGCUGGAUGGGCUACUUAGAACCCUCCUAAGUGGCGCUACAAGAAUAGAGCAUAUAGACAUGACGUUGAUACCCUUGGCCGAGAAAUAUGGUGUAUCAAAGGAGGGGGUUGGAAAAGAAAGCAUUAACUGGAACAAUGUCAGGCUAGGAUCUUACAAGGAUUUGGUUGAUGCAAUUCACUCUGGAGGACUGGCAAAUAUCAAAGCCAAGCAUAUUAAGGCUAUCCUCGAUACAGUAUACCAGGAGAACACUGAACGACACAAAGCCUACCUUGAAACCAAAGUUGAGGCACUUGCGGGGAGGGAGACGAAUGAGCAGAAAGACACCAAGACACAGGCAACAGAUCAAUAUGAUCUCUCCCUUGAACACCUUCGUGGCUUAUCAAAGCACGAAAUCCUAAAAGAACUCACGAAAUACCCCGGGAUUGGUGUAAAGACUGCGGCAUGCGUCAUUCUUUUUUGCUUUCAAAUACCUUGUAUUGCUGUUGACACACAUGUCUACCGAUUUUCCAAGUGGCUUGGAUGGGUACCGAAAAAUGCCAAUGUGACCGACGUUUUCAGUCAUCUCGAAGUCCACUGUCCAGACCAUCUUAAGUAUGGCUUGCACCAGUUAUUCAUCCGACACGGCCAACGUUGCGGCAAGUGUAGUUCAAGCACUGCCGAAGGAACAGCAGAUUGGGAUAUGCUUCCUGAGUGCCCUUUAGAGAGCCUUCUUGAUCGCUACGACAAGAAGCAGUCAAAGGCUAAGUCGAAGCCGGCUAAGAAAAUUAAACAGAAGGACGAAGAACAAGAUGGAAGACAAGAUGAAGAGAAGAAGGACGAAUCUAUGGACGAGUCCUAAUUUAGCAAGAUGUGACGGAGAAAAUAUGGCGAAGCCUCUGAUUUUCCUACCUUAGGUGCACACUCUUACUAGUAGCACCAGCAUGACCUCUGUCCAAUGCACUAGGUUAGCUUAUACUUUCCCACUAAAUUGGGGUGCCCCAUAUGGACACUAGAGAGGCGGGUGCUCUCAUGGAACUAUGUAUGUAGCUAAUGGUUAUGCUACAGGGGGUGGUUAGGUGGUAUUGAUUUAAGGGACAAGUCUGUAACCUAGAUCUGUAGCAUGGGCAACAGUAUAGUAGAACUGAAGUAGCUAGACAGAAAAUGCGACGAGCUUCCAUAUUUAUCCCCUUAAAUCACUUUAGCCUAUGAUUCAUCUAAUUAGUGUAUUUUAUGCCAUAUUGGUGCAGGACUAUUUC